AAAGCGGCGAAAAGCAGACAAAAACGCCGAGCAGUUAGUUCAUUUUUCACGAUCCUUUCUGAAUUUACUUUGUUUCUCGCUUAAAAAAAAUUGCAAAGGUUGUGUUUUUAGCUGCUGCGAUAAAUAAAAUACGCACAAAAGGAAAACAAUACAAAGUGUUGUGAUUUAAAAUAUAAUAUAAAGCAAUUGACGCACAAAGUUCGGAAGAACAACAAAAUUUUAAGAAAUGGAGAACCCAAAUGAUUUUCCGGCACCAUCUGGAUCAACAACUGAUUUUCCUGUUUUACCCCCGCCUCCGAACUCUGCCAGUCCCAGCAAUAAUAAUCAAGCGCAGAAGCGACUUCAACAAACCCAAGCCAAGGUCGAUGAAGUGGUCGGUAUUAUGCGCGUGAAUGUGGAAAAGGUUCUGGAGCGCGAUCAGAAACUAUCGGAACUGGGUGAGCGUGCUGAUGCGCUGGAAGCCGGUGCCUCGCAAUUCGAACAACAAGCUGGCAAGUUGAAACGCAAACAAUGGUGGGCUAACAUGAAAAUGAUGAUCAUUAUGGGUGUGAUCGGUGUGGUUCUCUUAAUUAUCAUAAUCGUAUCCUUCCUGCCAUCCGGCAGUAGCAGCUCUGAUUCACAUAACCAAAUUCAAAACACGACAUCACCUUAAAAAGCUCAGACCGCAGUGGCCUUAUGAUGAUUCCUUGUUGUUUUGAUUGAAAGCAUUAGACGUGGUUUUUAAAAAAUGCACAAAAUGCCAGCGCACAAUCAAUAUGCAUUGGAUCGUUUCUUUAAUACAGCUCUAACUGAAUGUCUUUAAACAGUAUACAAACAAAAAUAUAUAUACAUAAAUCAUUAUACAUAUAUACAAGUAAUAUACAAAAUGUAUGCCUUAAAUAUUAUACAACGGAUAUCUGAAUGAAAUUGUAAUUGGAAAUGUAAAACAUAACAAAGCAAAGUAUUUGUUUAA